UUUGAAGGCAAUAGUUUGCACCAGCUGGUGCUGAAGAUCUGCAGAGGACGUUUUCACCCAGUGUCUCCCAACUAUUCAUAUGAUCUGAGGAUAUUAAUUUCCCAGUUGUUUAAAAUAUCUCCAAGAGAUCGUCCAUCUAUCAACUCUAUUCUAAGGAAGCCCUUCUUGCAGAAGCUCGUUCUCAGGUAUUUGUCCCCUGAGGAAGAACUCAGUCACACUGUGAUACAUAGAAAAAGGCCUUCAGCAUCACAGCCUGGAGCCAAGCUGUUACAAGCACAUAACCUUCAAAAAAGGAGAGUCCAGGACCAAGUUCCUCCAGAAUCUGGAAUGGUGGUGCCUGUCAAACAGGAAUUAUUUCAAAGAAAUGAAUGGAAACCUCCUUCAAGAGGGCAACAGCCUAUUUUUCAGCCACCGAGCUCCAGAUUUAAGAUGGCAGAAAGGCCGGAAAGUAUUAGAAUACAUGGCCAUUAUGGUCAUUACUAUGAUAAGCUCAACAACUUGCAGAGGAAAGCUAAUGCAUAUUAUGACCUUUCUCAUAUCAGCCAAAGAGUUGAGGAAUACUAUAAACUAAAAGGACAAGUUGCACCUGCACCCCCACCACCUGACUGGCCUGCAGAAUACCUUCAAAGGCGUUUUGAAGCCCAACAGUACAAGAUUAAAGUGGAAAAACAGCUGGGACUGCGACCAUCCUCUGCUGACCCUCAUCAUGACCAAAUACAGCAGCAGAAGAUAAAGGAAGAGCAUCCCAAAAAUCAUCAGCAGGAUGUGUCUAGGAAGAAUGAAAUGAAGGAACAGGAGUACCUGAAACAAUUGCAGAAAAUUCGGGAAGAAUACCACAACGAUAUGAAAGAAUUCAGAUUUAGAGCAGGAGUACUCCAGGAGAAUCAAAAAAUACAAGAUAAGACCUAUCUUGUGAGGCAAGGGCAAGCUGAGGACCAGUCUGAAACCAAGGAUACAGCUGGAACAAGAGAAGAAUCACUUCAGGACAUGGAAGAAAACUUUAAACAAGACAGACGCCAGGAUAGGCAAGACCAAAAGAUCUUAGAAAAGAAGUAUAACACAAAGGGAGGAGUAAAGUUUGAAAUUAAUUUAGAUGUAUGUGUUCCUGAGGAAGACAGCAUUCGAGAAGCAGAGGUACUAGAUAAACUCAAUGAGACUUUAACUUUUGUGGAUGGUGAGAAUCUUGAGGAGAAAUUGGUGGAAGUUUAUGAAGAUCAUAUGGACAAAGCUUUGGAAGAACUAUCUGGAUACCACACAGGUAUUUCUUGGCGAAAUGCAACGCUGAAAAACAGAAAACAUUGGCAAACUGGAGCCCCUCAGACACUACUGAAUUUUUUAGCUGAUGCUGAUGUCACUUCUGUAUGUCCUACUAUGGCUGAAAAUGAACUUGCUGACCAUGCUAUUCUGCCUGAAGACAUCCCAGAAAACAGGAAGCAGUGGAAACAAACACCACCAGGGACACUACUGAACAUCUUAUCAAAAGCAGAGCUGUCUAAUGACUCCUUCAUCCACCUUGAAGAGGAAAUAGAAAACAAGGAAGAUGAUUCAGAAACAUACUCUGCUGUUGCUGUUGAUGAAGGCAGACUUGAGCCAAGAUCAGAUGAUGAAGACACAAAUUUUGAAGAUUCUGAAGAUGAACUGAGACAUGAGCUGGAGGAAUCUCUGGAAAAAUUGGCAACUUCUCCAGCAGAAAGAAGCAUGGAGUCUCCCAUCCUUUCAAUAAAUAAAGGUCAAACAGAUGAAGAAAAGAUGAGUUUACCUCACAAACUACUUGGAAAAUCUGAUGAUGAUUUAGAAAAUAACCAUGGGUCAUUUAGUGUUGACACACAUAAUGAAAAAGGCAAGCAGGAAGCAAGAGCUACCUAG